AUGGCGCCUGCCUCCUCAAGCCCAUUGACCGGGUACCCAACUGCAACCAGCUAUGGACAGUAUCCAGGCCAAUUUGCGCAACAAGCCUCUCCGGACUUUAUGACUCGUCCAGACUUUAUGGCGCGCAGUUCAGAUCCCAUGGCUCUGCAAAAUCUCCAGCGGGGUUAUCAAAACCCCAUGACCCAUGUUCGUGGAGCAACGGGAAUCGGUCCGUCUACGGGCAUCAGCCAGGGUCAUGGCAUGGGGAUACCCUCACCGCAGCAAUCUCUGAAUCGUCUUCCCCAUGCAAAUCUUCAGCAAAGGGACACCCAUACCUCAGCAAGUCCUUCCAUGGCUAGUACCUCGAUGUUUGCCUUGAAUCAACAGCAGAGGCAGUCAUCGCAGCCCCAACCUCAAUCGCCGCAACAAAAUCAGCAGCAGCUGCACCAGGUUUAUCAACAGAGACAUCACCAGCAGCAGCAACAAUACCAGCAGCAGCAAUAUCAGCAACAGUAUCAGCAGCAGCAGGAGCGUCUCCAACAGCAGCAGAGACUCGAGCAGCAGAGAUUAGAGCAGCAACGCCUGGAGCAGCAGAGACAAGAGCAGCAGCGACUAGAGCAACAACGGCUCGAACAACAACGAUUGGAGCAACAGCGACUUGAGCAACAGAGGCUUGAGCAACAGAGGCUCGAGCAGCAAAGGCUGGAGCAGCAGAGGCUUGAACAGCAAAAACUCGAACAGCAGCGAAUCGAACAGCAACGCCUGGAGCAACAGCGGCUGGAGCAGCAAAAGCAACAGGAGAAGCUGGAACAGCAAAAACGUCUCGAGCAGCAGCGCUUAGAGCAGCAAAGGCUGGAACAGCAGCGCCUCGAGAAACAACGGCUGGAACAACAGCGUUUGGAGCAGCUGGAAAAGCAACGCUUGGAGCAGCAACGUCUCGAACAACAAAGGCAGGAGCAACAGAGGCAAGAGCAGCAACAGAAGGAACAGCAGAGGCAAGAGCAGCAACGACUCGAGGCACAAAGAUCACACCAUCAGCAACGCCUGGAGCAGCAACAAAGGUUCGAACAAGAAAAGAAACAGCAGAUGGAGCAACAGCGCCUCCAAAAGCUGCAGCAGCAAACGAUGGCCCACAAUCCGUACCAGCAACAACAGUCUCCUUUCAGCCAACAUACCCAAAUUCCGUUCCACCAGUAUCAACCUCAUGCUCAAACCCAAAAUCAAUACACGCAGCAGCCGCAACCCCAAUUUACCCAGCCAGCUCAGCAGCCUCAAUUCACACAGCCAGCUCAGCAGACUCAGUUCCAGCAUUAUAAGCCGCCUACUCAAUCUACCAGCGAGAAGAAUUCUCGUGCUGCCCAAUCGAGUGCUUCUUCCGCGUCUGCUCCUAACGGCAAUGUUACAAUCAAGCACGAGAACCCGAGUCCUAAACCUAAAAAGAAGUCAAAGCCUCGCCAGUCCGCUGCUGCCCAGGCGAAGGCCCAAAACGCUUCCCAGCCUCAGGCCCAAGCCCCGGCUUCGGGGCAAGCCCAGAUUCAGGCCCAUGCCCAACAGCCUGCUAUGUCUCAGCCACAAGCCCAGUCUAUGCCAAAUGUGACUGCUCCACCUGCUGCAAUUUCAACCAAUGUGUUGAGCGCAAACCAGCAAAUGCCGACAACAGCUCAGCCUGUUCCUGGCCCUGCAGCUGAUGGGACCGAUUCCACUGUGGCAACUCCUCUGAAGCGCAAGCGCGGACGCCCACGUAAGGAGGAAGUUGCAGCCAGACAUGCCGCAGCGGUGGCUGCGGCGUUAGCUGCUGGUCUCCCUCCACCCGAGCCUGGACAACCCUUCAAUGUGAAUGCUCCAGGUACUUACCCUCAAAUGACGAUCGGUCCAGAUGGAAAACCGCAGCUUCCGAAGCGCAAACGUGGUCGCCCCCGCAAGGCUGAUCAGAUUGCCUGGGCGCAGAUGACUGGUCAGCCCCUGCCACCACCUAAACCAAGAAAGCCACCUGCUGCCCCCAAGAAGAAGCCAGGUACUGGUCGUCCCCGUGGCCGACCACGCAAAGCAGAUGCCGCGGCGGCAGCCGCUGCCAAGGCAGCAGCGGCAGCGGCAGCAGCUUCAGGCGAAGGUGCUCAGGAUGGUGAUCAAGCUCAAGCAGAUGGUGGCGCUCCGUCGAACAGUCGUUUAGACGCAACCGGAGCUCAAAAGCGAUCAGCGCCGACUGAUGACGACCCACGAACGCGACCUGGCCCGACACCUCCGUAUCCACAACAGGGUCAAAUUCAAGGUCAAGUCCAGGGUCAGCAACAAACACCACAGCUGGCUGCUCAAGCCCAGGUACCCCCGCAAAACAAUCAUGUAUUCUCGAUGCAGCAGCAGCAGCACCACCACAAUGGUCUUACACAGACCCAGCGUCUUGCGCAAACGGGUCAGCACAUGGGUCAGCACAUGGGUCAGCAAGCGGGUCAGCAACUUCAGCAACAUUCUCAGGGUCAGCAGCUUCCUCUGCAAAGUGGCCAUGCGAUGCCAUUACCGCCUCACUUGCAGAUGCAUCAACAAGGGGGUCUCCAUGCUGCUCGACCAACACAGAACCAUCCGUACCUGCAGAAUCAGAUGCCUUCGUUGCAAUCUCCGAUGCAACAGCCACCGAUGCAGCUCCCGCAGCCUACUAAUGGGCAUUCAUCUCAUCAAGGCCAACAGCCGGCGCAACCUCAGACACAGGCUCAGAUGAUGCAGGGACAACACUUUGGACCAGUCCGACCAACGCCGCAGCAUACCCGCGCUCCGCCACCCCCGGCACCCCAGCAUCAACAUCAGCACACCUUUCAAGUCCAGCUGCAACCUCAAACAACUUGA